AGAAAAAUGAAGUUUUCAGGCUGCAUGAAAACCAGGGAAAAUGGGGAGAAUGAAUAUUCAUGUGCCUAAAACUGCAGGAUUGAAUUAGGAUUCUUUCUUGAUUCUUCCACAGCCUGCCCUAUACAGACAUCACAAAUCACUUUAAAAAAACUUGUUUCUUCAUUUAUAACCCAGCAAUUUCUGUCUCACAGAGAGGUGCAAGGUUAGCUGAGGCAAAGCUGAUAAAACCUAGAGGGAAAGUGCUGUGAAAGCUUCAUUCCCCUGCACUGACUGAACUUCCCUGAGUGUAGUGGGGAGUUUGAGCUUUUCCACAGGGGCUCUUCAGGCAGAGCUGGGGACAGAGGGUCACCGGGUGCCAGUGUUGCUAUAAUUUGGUGUCAAGACUUCAUGGAACAAUAGGAAUGAUUGUGGAAGGCUCUCCUCUUGGCAAUGUACUCUUCUUUCCAUAGGCCACUAUAGAUAGCAGUUUUCCAGGAAAUUCAGCUGUGGCAGGAGCUGCUGCACAGCUGUGCCUGCUGUGUCCAGGCUUUUGCAGUGAGGAACUGGUGGAAAAGGUGAACUGUGUUCUAAAUCUUUGUUCGCCUUGGCAAAUGCUGCUCAGAAGAUGCCCUUGUCAAUUAUUUGUGGAAAAACUGCAUAAGCAGCAGUUGGCUUUGUCCUUUAUCAGGAUUAAAUUGAUUUGUCACUAGAAUAAAACCUCCCCAGGCUAAAUUGGUCAAUUAACAAGCACACUGAUUACCUUCAGCAAGGGCACAGCUGACACAAGUACUGCAUCUUUUUUUAGUGUAAAGCUAAUUUAAUGACAAGAAACACAGACUGGAACAAUCUCUGAGCAUCUCUGCCCUACUCCUAAUGAUAACAUGGAAAAACUCUUCAUAAACUUAGAAAGCAGAACAAAGAGUAGAGUGGGAAGCUGAUGGGAACAUGUGUCAUGCUGCCAUGGCAUCAGAGCCUGUGUGUUCUCCAAGCUUUUUUAAAAAACACUCUGAGUUCAGCUCCAGGGCUGUGGGAAGUGGGGGAGGCAGGCUCAGGUCUUCUGGUGAUGCUCAGCAUCAUCACAAUGCUGCUUGCUGGGCUGCUCCUUUAUUGCUGCCAUGGCCACAGCUUGUCAUUUGGGAACCAUGGGUGAUGUUCCUUGCUUUGCCAAGACUUUAUUCCCUUUCCCUUUCUUGUCAUAAUUAUGCUGGAAGCUUGAGGACAUCCCAAAUUAGAGGUGAAAAGAUAGAAAUCAUUCUUUUCAGCUGAACUCUAAACUGAGAGUGAAUUUUUGCUGCCACCUGUUUUCCUGGAGAAAGAUGUUAACAGCUGGAAAGCCUUUGAAGAUCCUCUUUCUUCUAAUUGCGUGGCUUGUUUUGUCCCCUGGAAUCAGCUGCACACACCUAUGGCUGUGACUUUCAUUCUUUUUAGUCUUUCUGACCUCUGCACAAGGAAACUUUCUGGACCCCAGCAGGUACUUCAGUGGGACAGAUUAGAAAACAAAACCAGAAUUAAUCUGAAGUCAUUGCCUAUGUGUUGCUGCUGACUCACGAUGCCAUUACCAUCUUUCUCCUCUCGCAUCACCCAUUCUGGCUUCCCCUUUUCUUAUUUAUCUCUUUUUUUCUUCUCCUUCCCUUUCCUGUGGUAUAGCUGAGUAGUUUCCCCUUUUUUCUCAAACGAGAUUUGUUCCUGGAAUUAUCUUUUCUCUAAUCAGAAUUCAGAGGGAGGCUACACCCAAGACAGGUUUUCUCAGAACCAAGACACAGGAGGAGAAUCAAGGAAGCUUUUGUGACUGCAGAGGUGAAGACAGGACAAGGCUGCUCAGUGAUUCCCCCCACUGCUGACAUGCUGGAAGAGGACAAUGAUGAGAUCUGUUGGAAUAACCUGGAGAAUUUCCGUGUGAAGCUGAUCUCAGUGAUUGACCCUUCCCGGAUCACCCCUUACCUGCGCCAGUGCAAAGUGCUCAGCCCUGAUGAUGAGGAGCAGGUUCUCAAUGACCCCAGCCUGGUCAUGCGCAAACGGAAGGCAGGUGUUCUCCUGGACAUUCUUCAGCGAACAGGACACAAGGGCUUUGAGGCGUUUAUGGAGAGUCUUGAGCUUUAUUAUCCCCAGCUGUAUAAGAAAAUAACAGGCAAAGAGCCCAGCAGGGUUUUCUCUAUGAUUAUAGACACGGCUGGCGAGUCUGGCCUGAGCCAGGUGCUGAUGAACGAGAUCAUGAAGCUGCAGAGCGCGGUGCAGGAGGAGCGGCGCAGGGCGCAGGAGCUCACGGUGUGGCUGCACUCCAAGGAGGACACCCUGAGGGAGAUGUGGGUCAGGGACAGCCUGCUCCGCAAGCACCAGGAGCGGGCCCAGAGGAUGAAGGAGGAGAGGGACAGCCUGAGCAAGGAGCUGCGCAAGUGCAAGGACGAGAACUACAGCCUGGCCCUGAGCUACGCCAAGCAGAGCGAGGAGAAGAGCGCAGCCCUCAUGAAGAACAGGGACCUGCUGCUAGAGAUAGAUCAGCUGAAGCACAGCCUGAUGAAGGCUGAGGAUGACUGCAAGCUGGAGAGGAAGCACACGAUGAAGCUGAAACACGCCAUAGAGCAGCGCCCCAGCCAUGAGGUGGUGUGGGAGAUCCAACAGGAGAAGGAGCUGCUCUUGGCCAAGAACCAGGAGCUGGAAAACACUCUGCAGGUUGCCAGGGAGCAGAACUUUGAGAAGAGCCUCUCCAAAGAACCUCUGGAGAAUGACUGCAGCCAGACUGUGGAAGAACGCCGGGAGCUGGUGAACACCAUUUACAGCCUGCGCAAGGAGCUGCGCCGAGCCAAGGUGCUCCAGGACAAAUUUGCAGAGGAAAAAGAGGUGCUGGAGCUACAGUGCACAUCUCUGAGGAAGGACUCCCAGAUGUACAAAAGACGGAUUGAAGCCGUUCUGCAGCAAAUGGAGGAAGUAGCUCUGGAGAGAGACCAGGCUCUCCUGACCCGAGAGCAGUUCCAUGUACAGUAUUCCAAGAACCUGGUGGAGAGAGACGCCUACCGCAAGCAGAUCCGGGAGCUGGGGGAGAGAUGUGACGAGAUGCAGCUGCAGCUCUUCCAGAAGGAGAGUCAGCUCCUGGCCACUGAGGCCAAGCUGAAGAGGCUGCAGCUGGAGCUGCCCACACUGACCUCUGACCUGGAUGACUCCUCCUCCAGAGAUUCCCAGGAACUUGUUCUUCACAGUCACCUGGAUGAAGAUACACAGAUAGCAAAAAAAGAUUGCCUGGGAGUACAAAACCAGAAACUCAGCCCUCAAGAGAGCCAUCUGCCCCCAAAAUCACCAAGUGAGUGUGGCUUGGCCAAUGAGGAACUGGCAGAAAAGGAGAGGAAGAGGAUGAAGGACUGCUUUGAGCGUUACCGAAGGUCUGGGCUGCAAAAAAGAGCAAUGAGAAGGGCACCCAAAGACCGGCACCAUGAGGUGGACUGGGAGAACUCCUCUGGCAGCGACAACACCGACACCGAGGGCUCCUGAGGGAGGGACAACACCGACACCAAAGGCCCCUCAGGAGCCAAUCUGAGGGGCCACCAGCUUGUGUAUAAGGGUGGCUGUGCCUCUCAAUUUCACUCACAACGGACUGUUUAGAUUUUAAAACCACCCAAAAAACCAUUUCUGAAAAGUGCUCCAGUGACACUAUUGCGUGGCUCCGACGCCCGCUUAAUAAACAGGUUUAAAUA